AUGCCUCCUCGUGAGAAAAGCUCGCUCAAGCGGGGUCGGGCCGCCGCCGACGCCGACUCUCAGAAAAAGCCUCGGCGCUCGCAAAGAAUCUCCGGCCAAGUACCUUCGCAAGAGACACCGGUCGACCUGGAAUACUUGCCCACUCCUCUGACCGGCCCUGAUUCGACUAUUACGGACGAUCGCAAGGAUGAGACCGCAACACCUCCGGAAAGCCCUCGCAAGGGUCGUCAGCACUCUCCGCCCCAGCCAGAAUUAUCAUACGCUGUCUCCUCGCCACCAAAUGAUACCCAGGCGCUUUCACAAUUCGUGUAUCCUCCGAGAGCAUUCGUGGACGAAGUAGAGGAUGAGGAUGCAGAAGGGGUCUGGGGCUACUUGCUACCACUGGACGAACAUGGCAAAGGUCCACUUGUAUUGAAGAGGCGCACUCAAUGCGGAGAGGACGCCAGUCCUGCCAAAGCCAAACCUGGAAAGAAGAAUGAGCUGUGCAAGUCGCCUGGUGGCUUUUUAGUCGGCCGUCAUCCCGAGUGUGAUCGUGUCCUUGAUAUUCCUACCAUCUCCAAUCGGCAUUUCCUGAUUUUCGCCGAAAAUAGAAAGGGCGACAUGGUGGCCAUGCUGGAGGAUCUCUCUAGCAAUGGAACCUUUAUCAAUGAGGCUAUCGUGGGCCGCAACCAAAGCCGCGAAUUGGAGGACGGUGAUGAAAUCUCGAUCUUGAACGAAGCCCGUUUUUACCGUAUCAACCAGCAGCUCGGAAAAGGCCACUUCGCUACGGUCUACCUUUGUGCAGAGCGAUCCACGGGAACUAAGUAUGCUGUCAAGGUAUUUGAACGACGGGCUAGUGACUCGCAAAAGACACAAGGUGAAGCUCUACAGCAAGAAAUUGCCGUUUUGAUGGGUGUCAAUCACCCGAACUUGCUGUGUCUGAAGGACACAUUCGAUGACAACGACGGUGCCUAUUUGGUCCUUGAACUGGCCCCCGAAGGCGAAUUGUUCAACUGGAUUGUGACUAACCAAAAACUGAGCGAGAACGAUACCCGUCAUGUGUUCCGUCAGCUAUUUGAAGGACUAAAGUAUCUGCAUGAACGCGGUAUUGUUCAUCGAGAUAUCAAGCCAGAGAACAUCCUACUCGCGGACAAAAAUUUGAGCGUGAAGCUGGGUGACUUUGGGUUGGCGAAGAUCAUUGGGGAGGACUCGUUCACCACUACACUCUGUGGUACACCUAGCUACGUUGCUCCCGAAAUUCUGCAAGACUCCCGCCGUCGACGAUACACCCAAGCUGUCGAUGUAUGGUCUCUUGGUGUGGUUCUAUACAUCUGCCUAUGUGGUUUCCCGCCUUUCUCAGAUGAACUCAACACCCGGGACAACCCAUACACACUCGCGCAGCAGAUCAAAAUGGGCAAAUUCGACUAUCCGUCUCCUUACUGGGACUCUGUCGGCGACCCCGCAUUGGAUCUGAUCGACAGAAUGCUUACUGUGGAUAUUGAGAAGAGAAUUACCGUGGAACAAUGUCUCGAGCAUCCUUGGAUGACCGGGAAAUACCCCAGUGUGACUGACAGUACCGAUGGUCUGACCGGGGCCCUGAGCAACCUGGACUUUUCCAAGCGCAAGGUGAAGCGAGAGCGGACACUACUUAGCAGUGUGAAUGAUGCUCCCUACAGUGAACACACUCGGGACAAUGAGGAGCCCUUCAAGGUGUUCAGCCAGAACGAAGCUGGCAAGCGCAUUCACAACCGACCCAAGACCUCUCCGCGCGAAGCCUCACCGAGUGGCACCCGUGAUCCGAAGGACUUCAUCAACAUCGGAGAACAUGGUGAUCCCACUUUGUACGAUAAAUGA